AUGUUCAAUGGAGUUCAGGUAGAGCCUGGAAAUGAAUUGCCCGUUCACCAUCUUAAGAAUGCACCUCGUGUAACUUUAAAUGUCGACCCUGAGAGUACAUUUUCAAUUGUUAUGAUUGACCCAGACAAUCUUUCAAGAAAAAAUCCAAGUGUAGCAGAAUGGCUACAUUGGUUGGUUGCAAACAUUCCAGCUUCCAACAUUUUGGAAGGAAUUAAUGGGGGGCAACAUCAACAACCUUAUGGUAAAAGAAAGAGUUUUUGCAAAAGUUUAGCCACCGGGCAGGAUUACUUGCAACCACCUGCUAGUUGUUGCUAG